ACCGCCAAAAGUUCCUUCACCUCUGUUACGUCAACGUCAAUGUCAUUUUGCGACAUUAAUAGAAAUUAGGUUACAAAAUAAUGUAAAUUUUAUUCAUUAACGAUCAUAAAAUCAUAAUCAUAAUGUGCACAACACCAUCAUCAGCACCGCCGCCCCCGCCGCCCUUGCCACCCGUAACAUGCGAAAGCAAAUUUAAAUCCAAUAAACCUAACGAAGUCUCCGAGGAUCCCAGUAUUUGUGAAUGGGCUUCUUCAGAAGUAGAUUUAAAGAAAGCGUGCAUAACAUAUCAAAUAUGCCUCACGCGUGCACCCUUCCGUUAUAAAUAUAAACAUUUUCAAUAUAUACUGCAAGAAGGGCCGACGUGUGGUUUGGUAGCUCUGUCGAUGUUGAUAGGGGGAGAAGUGGCUCCCGAAGAGCUGCUGAAUCUCUCUAAGUUCUUAGGGUACAGCAAUAAUGGUGAAAUGUUGAGCUGCAAAGAUAUGGCUAAAUUAGCCGAGAAAGUAUUAAAUUUAGCUGAAAUGGAAAAUAUUACUUGUACAUUAAAAAAAGGUGGGCUUUAUAGUCCAGAAAUAAUUGAAGAUUUGUUGAAUGGUGCUAUUUUAUUAGUUCCUUAUGAUGCUGAUCACAAUCAUUCACCUUGUCUCAAACAAGGUCACACAGCGCACUGGGCUCUAGUUUGUGGCAUUAUAAUUAUAGAGGACCCUGGAGAGGCAAACACUGACUCUAGCAAUGUCUAUGUGCUAUGCAGACAUGGAAAAUCUAAGCUUGUCGCAGCUUGGACAUUAGAUGAGUUACAUAAAAGUAAUAUGAAUCUAUUGGAAUUCUGCCCAAAGAAAGCUAAAGAUGGCUUGUUAUACGUCCAACCGGAAGGAGGAUUAGGAGGAGAAAAUGGGCUGCGGGAUCAAUUUUUAUUAUUCAAGUAUACUUAAGUAUAAGUGUUGUUAGGAUAACUUGUUAAUGUUAUUGUAUUCUCUUUUAUAUGUGUUUUAUUUAAUUAGGAUUGUUAAUUGA